AUGCUGCCAUUCACGACAUCUGUGCCGCCUCCAGCCCGAGUCUCGACUGCACUCUCUAGCAACCAUCAGGAGCCAUUUGACAAUAUUCUAUCACCAUUAAAACCAUCCUCAGACAUAGACUCAUGGCCAAAGAAACUAGCACUACCAAAUCCAUCACUUUCCAGCCCCUCUACCACUCUUGAUUCAGAUACCGAAAUAGCCGCCGAACAAGUGCAAGGCUGUGGCUAUCCAGAACCGGAAAUCGACCAACCUCAUAAAGUAGGCCAUCAUCGACAUUGCACCAUCCAACCAAAUGCUCUGAAAGUUCCCUCUUCCUAUUCCAUAUUAUCCUAUGAAUCAGACGAGUUACCUAAAGCGUCAUCUUUGCCAAAAAUGUCUCCUUCGCUACUACCUGAUAGCCUGCUUUCCAGCAACCCUUCGAAUACUGCAGAUAACGAAAUAUUGCAUUCGGAUUGCCAUAGUACCGCAAAUGAUCUGAACUUAAAUACCACCAACACUACGCCCGGAACUUCUGUUGAUAAUGUUUCUGGUGCUAUCGCAUCAUCUUCAGAUAAAAUUAUGCCUUUUCAUGGAGAAAUUGAAAGAUGCCAAGCUUGUCAUGGUGACAAAUGUUUUGAUUGUCGAUCUCAGGUGUCGAUCUCCAAGGAAAAUAUGUCAAAGGAACAACAGAAUAGCAAGCCAGAUUGUCCUCCACCUUAUAAAAUUCCUCCAACGUACCAAGCUCUUUCAGAUAGCAAAGAAAUAGAUCCAUACAAAGAUAACCUCUUUUAUCAAACUCCGGAAGAAGUAGAGUAUAGGAUUGAGGCCAAUACUCCAUUGUCUACACAUUUACCAUCGUAUUCUACUACAAAGUAUCGACUUGCGGUCAAUCUAGUGAGAUUUGAAAAAAACCAUUUGGUUGAUCUCUUGAACGAAUCUAAUUUAUAUCAUGAGAUUAUUGAUAAUUCCAAGUGGCAGUUGAUGAUAACUGAGCUUAACGGUACACAGCUAAGUCUUUAUAAACUUGACUUGGAUAAAUUCACUCGAGAUGAAAUUAAUUAUGUCGACGAGUUGCAAAUGAUUGAUGAAAUACGUAAUGACAAACAGCAGUUUUAUAAUAACAAUCAAUUUCGCUCAGAGUAUUAUGAUCAUUCAUUUUUGAACUUCAGAGGGGCUGACGUUUUUGAGGCCAUAAACUUUGAUGAUGGGGUACUACGCUUGGAUGAAGGAUCUCAGUAUUGUUCUCAUUAUAAUAAGUAUCAUGGAUCCCACGAAAAAUCCAAAUUCAAGGCAAAACUCGAGACGUCAGCAGUGAAAAAGUCGAGUUUUUUCAAGAGCUUUGGAUUAUCCUCAUCAAAUACAUCAAUAACAGAUACUCCACUAGAAAUUACCAAUCUUAACACUUAUAGGAUCUUGAAGAAAAUUGUUAAGUUCCCUAGAAAAUUCAUGAACGAAUCCCGCCUUUUGAAAACACUUACACUUCAGUAUGGUCGCAUUGGUCUUGCCAAUGAUUUUGUGAUUUCUCGUAAAGAAUACUCGCAAAUCAGUAGUGUUUAUGGCCUGCAGCACUGCCCAACAAUAGAGAUCAAUAGCCAUAAUAUUCUUCGUCUUAGACUUGAGGUCUAUCAAUUUUUGAUCAACUUCAAGUUUCUUAAUGAAUUGGUAAAUUGGUAUAAUGCUUUGGUUACAAGUAUAGAUGCUUCGCUUGACAUUUCAGUUCGUGAGAUGCCUAAGUUCAAUAACGUUCCGUCUAGAAGACGCAGAAGACGAAGAGUACGUAAUAAUAAUGGUCAUCGUGGACGGUCUCAAAGGAUUCGAUCAAGAGCACUUAGCUCAGCUAGUGAAUUAUUAUCUAGAUCUAGAAGAGGAACUGUCACUAGCAAUAGUGAUAUAGGUAGUGCCAUCGCAUCUCCGCGACAUGGCCGCCAAUCAAGUACCGUUAGUGAUAUUCUGUUUAGUCCCCCAACCGGGGGUGGACUUGUUAUUGAUGAAGCCAAGCUUCAACAAACUCAAAAAAUUAGAGUUAAAAAUUCACCAUUUCUCAAUUACUUUUUAUCAGAGUUUGAUCCAAAUCCAAACCCGUCCAGAGAACCUACCAGGAAUCGUAGCGGCUCCGGCUCUUCAAAUAGACUUUUUCUGCGUUCAAGCAGAUCGAGUUUGAAAGAUAAUUCUAAUAUGAACCCUGCUGCACAAGAUAAUGGUCUUGUCAAUUCUAUUAGACGGAAAAAGUCUAACCUAACGCUUAAUCUUUUCAAGACGGAUGCCUCUAAAGCCUCUAAAAGUGGAGGAAUGGUGACUUCUGGAACUUCGCAGACAAAAACCUCCGUACCAAUUCCAAUCCAGAAAGUUUCCAGUAGCUCUUCGAUCCCAAACUUGAAUAUCAGUCCCACCAACCGUACAAGCCCGCUGAAGAAAACUUCUCUGACAUUUAAUCAAAGUCUAUUCAGAGAACGUUCCAGCUCAUUGAAUCAGUUAAAUAUUGCAAGGUCUCCAAAUAUGAAAUUCCUUGCACCGCAGCAAUCUUCUAGAGUCUCCAAUGGAAUGUUUGCCAAAGAGCGCCGUGACUCCACAAGCUCAAAAUUUACUCUUGGGGACGAACUAACCAGCCAUUUAUCGAGUUCUGUCAACAGUAAUGGUAACUUUUCCAGGGACCUACAUGAUUUUAUACUUGAUGGGGAUUCUGAAAGAAGAAAAAUUGGUUUCAUAAUUGCUAGUACGUCCAAUAUUGGGCCUACCGAUAUGGGCUCCCCUGGUGAUACUUCAUCGAUGGUUCUGUCAUCAAGACUGGAGCUGUCAUUUGAUAGAAUCUUUGGAAAUAUCGAGGAUGUUGUAAACGCCCCUUUGGGUUUUAAGGAGGAAACGUACAGUCAUGUCUCCAAUCUUGAAAGAUUUUCUAAGGAGACAUCGCAAGGGUUUGGAAACUUGUCAAAGAUUUUAAACCAAAAUUUCGAAGUGAAUGAAGCCGUGAAAAAAUUGGAGUCCAUAAGCAUACAUGCUAGAACAGAGCCUAGGCUUAAUGAAUGCGAUGAAAACGAAGCAGAGUGCGAUGAAUCGUUGGUGGUAGGAGAGCAUGAAGGUGAAGGUGAAGAGGAAGGUGAAGGUGAAGAGGAAGAUAAUGAGGAUGAAGAGGAUGAAGAAGAAGAAGAAGAAGAGGAUGAGGAGGAAGAUGCCUUGGGGAUGUAUGGUGCUAGUGAGGGUCUUUCUUGUGGAGGAAGUUAUAAAUGGAAUCCAUCAGAUAAUAAUCCAACACUCCGUAGAAUAGUGAAGGACUCUCUUAAGAGUAUGGCUGUACUCAGGUGUAUUGAUCCGUGGACCAACUCUAGAAUUGUUAGGAAAAGUGUGCCUCCGCGCCAUGGCGGAAUUAAGCAAGGGUUUGUUAACCGACGAAAAUUGAAUAGUGGUAGGCAGUUUUUUAGAUAUUAUGUGGUUAGCAUUGCUGGAAUUAUCCAAAUUGAACAGUGA